CAAUCUGCGGCAACUGCUUCUGUCAUCUUGCAGCGCAAUGGCGAGGACUACAGCUCUGUGUCUCCUGGUUGUGCUUAUAUUCUUCCAAUGUGCAGGAUGUUGGGAAGCGCCCUGGUUUUGUCAUGGUCGUGAAUGUCCGAAGUACACUGUCGUACAUGAAUAUGAGGGAUUUGAGGAGCGCGUCUACGACACCAGUCAUUGGAUCACCACUGAUGUCGCCAGCAUCAAAAGAGAGGAUCUAAACGUUGGAUUUUGGAAACUCUAUUAUUUCAAUCAAGGGGAAAACAAGGAGAAUAAAGAAAUUCCUAUGACCAGGCCUGUAGUGGUGUCAGUGAAGGAGGCUGAUUCAAUGGGGGAGAGACAGGUGUCUGUUUCAGUCUUUCAGCCUGAUACAAUCAUUCCUGAACCCAAUGAUGAGACCAUAAAAAAAAUAGUAAUACCAGGCCGUACUGUCUAUGUCAGGUCAUUUGGUGGGAUAGCAUCAGAUGUUGAUGCCAUAGACAAUGUGCAGAAACUUAAAGCAGACCUCAAGGUUGCAGGAAAGCAGUUUAAUGAAAACAAGUUUGAUGUUGCUGGUUACGAUGCACCGUGGGACUUGAUCAACAGACACAAUGAAGUUUGGGUCCAAGCAGUCUGAGGACUUGUAGCAACUACAUUUUGUUCCUCAUUCUCCCUAUACUGUGUAGCCUCUUUUGCACUAUGCAAUAUAUUAAAUGUUUACUUGCAUAUCUGAUGAAGAAAUCUUAAUAUUUUGUUCAUGUUUUAGUUGUAAUCAUAGUAUCCAUGCAUUUUAUAGACAUAAGUGUGGAUGCUCUUUGUAGAUGACAUUUUGCUUGACAGGAUUAUUAACUGGUUUUAGGAAUUCAGUGACGCAAUAACAUAAAACUAAUCAACAGUAGGUUUAGAUUACACUUAAAUAUAUACUAAAACUUUUAAUACUCAGGGCUGGAUAUGGGGGUGGAUGCGGAGGAAUGGAGUUCCCGGAGUGAAUUGUGUGGCGGAAUGGUGUUCCCGUUCAAACUGGCUACAUUUGUUAAGGGAAUGAAGUGUAUUUCUAUAUUUUCUCCACUAAAUAGCCUACGAAAGCUAUAAAUGCUUGAGAUCUUCUGCGUCUGUGGUUGCACAAUGUUGACUAUCGUGAGUGGCCAGAACACAUUCAUGCAACAGAUUGUCAGAUACACACAGGAAUCCACAGGCAACUGAUCCACACUUGCACACAACAGAUCCACACGUGCUCAAUUUACAAAUCCACACAACAGAAGAAUGCACAAAUAUAUGGUUUUCUUUGCUCAGAAUAUCAUCCAUAAGUGCAUAAGUGUAUGUGUAAUUUAAUGCACAAAUAAAUGCUGAGACGUU